GUAAAUCGAUUUUAAAAAUUUCAUUUAAUCAAGAUGGCACUAGCAGUUGAUCUUUUAAAUCCUGUACCUGAAGCGGAAGCACGAAAACAUAAACUUAAAAGGCUAAUUCAGAGGCCAAAUUCCUUUUUUAUGGAUGUAAAAUGUCCAGGUUGUUUUAACAUUACAACAAUUUUUUCACAUGCGCAAACUGUUGUUAUUUGUGGUUCAUGUGCCAGUGUAUUAUCUCAGCCUACAGGUGGAAAGGCUCGUCUAAUGGAAGGUUGUUCUUUUAGAAGAAAAAAUUAA